AUGUCUAAUCCAGAGACCGACAAGGAUGUCCUACGACAGACUCUAGCCCAGUACGGGCUCAGGAUUGCUGCCGACGGAUAUCACAUCCAAUGGGCUGCUGGAAACCCGAGGCAUCCUCGCAACUGGCCCAUUUCUCGAAAGAUAUACGAUAUCUCGCUCUUGAUCUUCCUCGAGUUCUUCACGUAUUUGCUAGGUCAGGCCAUUGGCGGGAUCGUUCUACCACCAUAUUCAGAAUGUUUUGGACGAAAGAAGCUGUAUAUAGCUAGCUCGGCAACGUACAGUAUUGCCUGCAUUAUCAUUGCCGCCGUCCCGUCAAUCAAAGGCGUUAUCUUCGGUCGACUCCUCAGUGGGUUCCUCUCCGCAAUCCCCAGCACCAUAGUCGUGGGUAGCAUCGAGGAUAUGUUCAAUUCUCGAGACCGCGUUUGGAUGAUAUGGAUUUGGGCUUUGGUGGCCAAUCUUGGCCUUGUCGUCGGGCCCAUAAUGGGUACCUUCACAACUGCUGAUCUCAGUUGGAGGUGGCUCUUCUACAUUGCGGCCAUUGUCACCGGAAUAGUGUCACUUCUUUUGCUGGGGAUUCGUGAAUCCCGACCCUCCCUUUUACUAGAACGAGAAGUGGCAAAAGUUCGGAAAAUAGCCAACCUUAACUACCUUGCGAGUCUGAAUCCAGAUAGCGCACCUAACUUUCAGACAUUCGUGCGCGUAGCACUAGGCCGCCCGAUUCGACUCUUCUUCACGGAACUCAUCGUCUUCACUGUCUCGGUUAUGAGUGCUGUAGCAAUUGCCCUGGUCUACCUCUUCACCCAAGCUCUACCCCCAAUAUACAAAAGCGCCGGGUUCACCUCAAAACAAGCAUGUCUCCCAUUCAUCGCCAUCGGUGUCGGUCUAAGUCUAGGGUUGUUAACACGAUAUUUGGACAUGUAUAUCAUCGAGCGGCGCCGAAAACACGGCCAUGUUCUCCUGCCGGAGCACAAGCUCGCCGGUUUCUGGAUAGGAUCCGGUGUUCUCACUGCGGCCCUUUGGGUCUUUGCCUGGACAAUACCUCCGGCGGUCCAGAAUUUGCACUGGAUAAUAUCAGUAUUAGCACUAGUACUCAUUGGGUUUGCUUUGAAUGAGAUCGAUUAUGUGCUGGGUGGAUAUCUUACGGACAGCUAUCUCAGCUAUGCCGCCAGCGGAUUGGCAGCUCUUAGCUUCAUCCGGGCGCUCCUUUCAGCCAUUCUGCCUCUCAUAUCGAGCCCCAUGUUCAGUAACCUUGGGGCCAAUGUAGCUGUCUCACUUCUGGCUACGGUGGCCACGUUAUUCUGCCUGGUACCCCCGUUGUUUUCACGUUUUGGAGAAACAAUCCGUGCGCGGAGCAAGUUCGCCAAAUACAGCUUGGACAUGUACCAUGAGCAUAGUGUCGACGAAGACGGAUAUUAG